AGAGUCAUGAGAAGAAAGAGUCAUGAGAAGAAGCUCAGGUAUGAAGGCGAAACUUGAUUGAUUUGUACAAGUUCAGAUAUUUCCCUUUACUGCUUUUCAAGCACAUUUUGACGUGAAAAUCAACGAGAAGUGAGGAUCAACGUGUGCCAAUGCGCAAUCGCUGCGCAAGGUUGACGCCCAUGAAUGCAUCAAAGUUGUCCACAGAGUUCCAUCAAAGAUGGCGUCUCAGCGUCGGCAAAUGAUGCAAAGCCAUCAGAGCUGGACAGAUGACCUGCCCCUGUGUCAGAUGUGCGGGGUGGGAACAGCCCCCAACUGUACCUACGGACCCGAUGGAAAGGACACCCAGAGCCACCCCAACGAGGACGGACACUUCAGGUUCAGAGGUGAGGAAGGCUGUUUCCUGUAUGGAGUGUUUAAUGGGUUUGAUGGGAGCAGAGUGUCCAGCUUCGUCUCUCAGUGUCUGACAGCAGAACUGCUCCUGGGACAGCUCAAGUCUACACACACUGACUCUGAUGUCCGCAGAAUUCUCUCACAGGCCUUCGACGUUGUAGAGAAGAGUUACUUUGAGACCAUCGGUGACGCUCUUGCAGAGAAGGCUACUAUUAUAUCCCAACUACCUGAGGGAGUAUCGUUCCACCAGCUCUCCCCCCAGAGUCAGAAGCUUUCUGAGAGGCUGAAGGACCUGGAGCAGGAAGUGUCUGGUGGAGCUACCGCUGUUGUGGCUCUGAUACACAACAACAAGCUCUACAUUGCCAACGUGGGUACCAACCGGGCCCUGCUGUGUAAGUCAACCAGCGACGGUCAGAACCAGGUGAUCCAGAUUGGACGACCUCACACCACAGAGAACGAGGACGAGCUCCAGAGACUGGCUGGGCUGGGUCUUGAUGUGUCUGGUCUUCGUCAGGCGGCUCUGAUAGCUGGUCAGAGCAGCACCAGGAGGAUUGGAGACUACAGGGUUAAAUAUAACUACACAGAUAUAGAUCUGUUGAGCGCCGCCAAGAACAAGCCAAUCAUAGCAGAGCCGGAGAUCCAGGCCAGCCAAUCGUUAGAGGGUGUGACGGGCUUCCUGUUGCUGAUGUCAGAGGGGCUCAUCAAAGCCCUGGAGUCCGCCCACGGACCUGAACAGGCCAAUCAGGAGAUGGUAGCGAUGGUAGCAGCAGAACUAGCCCAACAGGGAAGCCUAGAGGCCGUGGCCCAGUCGGUGGUGGAGCGGGUCAAGCGGCUACACCACGAUGUCUACGCCAGCGGACGCCAGAGAGCGUCCCACUGCUCCCGUCACGAAGACAUGACGCUGCUGAUACGCACACUCAACUACACGCUGGCCGACGGCGCGCUCACACCCACACAGGGUGGUCGUAUCUACCCAGUGUCGGUGCCCUACUCCAACUGCCCCAGCAGCACCAGUAAGACCAGCGUCACCCUCUCCCUGGUCAUGCCCUCUCAGGGGGGUACCCUCACCAACGGGACCAACACAGCCUCUACUCUGGAGGAGGGCACACCCACACACACACCUGGCCAGAGUCCCACCACCACGCUCCAUUCCACCAAUAACCAGACCACCCAGAGCUCCAGCUCUUCUUCAGGAGACGGAGGCAGCCUCUUCAGACAGCGUGGCAGCCAGGCGGUGCAGCCAGACGAGACGGGACGGGUCCCUCCCUAUGUUGACUUCACCCAGUUCUACCGGCUGUGGGGGUCGGACCACGGAGACUUCCUGGGGACACAGGGGGCCUCAGCUGGGCUGGGGCCUCAGUGAUGGAGGGGGACAAUAUUUGGGCUGAAGAGAGUGAGGAAGGGAGGUAUAGGAAUGUAUUGGAAGGGUUGUGUGAUGGAUUUUGGUGAUGUUGUGGAGAUUUCAGGCUGAUAAGGCCUCCUUAGACAGAAACAGAUUUCUAUUUGUUUUACUUUAUCACCACUAUUCCUUUUCCUACAGCUGAUAACGUGUUUAUUACACUCCUAAAGGUAAUGUUAUUGAUGGGUCGGGUGGACGACAGGUAUGCAGGAAGGAAGGCUGAUCUAGCAUCAGUUUUUGCUUUAGAUAACAAUGAAUAAGAUUAUAUGGACAGGGGUGACCUGAUCCUAGCUCAUUGCUCUUACUCUGAAAUGCUUGAUAUGGCCCCAGAUCUACCUGAAUGGACUGAAUUCACCCCCAACACACAGUCAGUGAGUGUAUGUUGGCUGGCGUUUAACUCCUGUCACCUGCUCUUUGUCUGUCUGUAAACAGGGGAGGGAGGAGAGGGGGAUGAAUGAUGUGGGGUUAUCAGUCUGUCUGUGAACAAGGGAGGGAGGUGGGAAGGGAGAUGAAUGAUGUGGGGUUAUCAGUCUGUCUGUAAACAAGGGAAGGAGGAGAGGGGGAUGAAUGAUGUGGGGUUAUCAGUCUGUCUGUGAACAAGGGAAGGAGGAGAGGGGGAUGAAUGAUGUGGGGUUAUCAGUCUGUCUGUAAACAAGGGAGGGAGGAGAGGGGGUGAAUGAUGUGGGGUUAUCAGUCUGUCUGAAGGAGGAGAGGGGGGUGAAUGAUGUGGGGUUAUCAGUGCAGGUGACACUAUGUAAUGAGCUGACAAGUGAAGGGACUCAUCUCAGCUGUCUCUUGUUACUGUAGCUCUCCGUUGAUCUCUUUCCACCCCACUCCCUCCUACUCUACCUGCCUCUUCACUCUCUUUCCACCCCACUCCCUCCUACUCUACCUGCCUCUUCACUCUCUCUCUUUCCACCCCACUCCCUCCUACUCUACCUGCCUCUUCACUCUCUCUCUUUCCACCCCACUCCCUCCUACUCUACCUGCCUCUUCACUCUCUCUUUCCACCCCACUCCCUCCUACUCUCUACCUGCCUCCUCACUCUCUCUCUUUCCACCCCACUCCCUCCUACUCUACCUGCCUCUUCACUCUCUCUCUUUCCACCCCACUCCCUCCUACUCUACCUGCCUCUUCACUCUCUCUCUUUCCACCCCACCCCACUCCCUCCUACUCUCUACCUGCCUCUUCACUCUCUUUCUCUCCUCUUUAUUCGUAUUUGGUCUGGUUGGAGGAGAGAUGAGCAGUUGUUUUUGAUAGUUAUCAAAUCAUGUAUAUCUAACGUAUGUUUAUUUUAUGUGUCAUUUAUAUACAUUUUAUGUACAGUUGAAGUCAGAAGGUUACAUACACUUAGGUUGGAGUCAUUAAAACUUGUUUUUCAACCACUCCACACAUUUCUUGUUAACAAACUAUAG